AUGUCCCUCUUCACCCUCCCGCUCUCCGCCGCCACUCAAGCAACGACUUCCCGCGUAAAUAUUCCUCAUGGCACAUCUCUCCCCACACGAAAACGCAAACGCCAUCGCUCCCUCUCUCCGCCCUCCUUUGAACCCUACAGCCACCAUACGGAUAACCUUCACGCGGCUUCAACAAACCCAUUGAGCUUAGCCCCCGAUGAAAUUUCCCAGUACCGGCUCGCGGGUCUUUCCCUCGAUGAAGAAUUACCGAAUCAAAGGGGCGUGAACGACUGGCCACAUCGUGGAUUUCCACGGGAGAAGGAGUUUUUCACGCCUCCGCCGAAGGUAAAAAUUCGGGAGGGAAAAGGGAAAGGAAAAGCGGUAUAUGCGAGCCAGGAUGAAGGAGAUGGGGAAGAAGGGCAAGAAACCCGGCAUACAGCAUUGGUGGAGGAACAACGGCCGCGAGGCCAUAUGCUGCGAAUACAACACUUGAGCGUCUUAACCGCAAUCCUACACAAAAGCCUACUAGAUGGAGAUAUCCGGCGUGCAACACGAGCGUAUAGUCUACUGCUCAGGGCAGAGUUCGGGGGAAAGGCUCUGGAUAUAAAAUCAACGGGAUACUGGGCCAUCGGCGCAGAAUUACUAGUGCGGAGCCUCGAUCGGAGGCGGAGGCGUAAUAUUUUCUUCUACGAGUCAGGCUAUGAUUCCGAGUUGGACUUGGACGAAGAGCCACCGCAAGAAGAGGGACAUGCUGCAAACGAAGCGGACACUAUCAACAAGGAAAAGAGAUGGGGAACAGCAACCGGGCUUUCAAACGCAAAAUCAUUCUACGAAACUCUCAUUUUACAAUACCCCUAUAAAAGGCAAUAUCACGACUAUGCCAGUGCUCUUGAUGUCUGGCCGGCCAUGGCAGCAUGCGAAAUUUACGGGAUCCAGUACGAGCAACGUUCUGCGUUACGGAAGAUAAAGUCCUCUUCCUUCAGGUACCCAUCGCACGAGGAAUCGGAAGAUGAGAGGGUCACCUCCGACGAUGAAGAAGGAUCCCCAUCUUUAAGAACGGAAUCAUCGCGCCAUCGCCGCACUCGGAAACGCCGCGAGAGAAUGGAACAGGUAUGGUCUCGUAGAGAUAAUAUUCGUCUGGACGCCUUGACCGCAGCAGAGGGGCUCGCGUCACGGAUGGACGAGGCCUUGAACCACACCCCGUUCGAUCGUAGCCAUGAUAUGCUACAUUUGCGCGGCAUGUUGGCGCUGUAUAUUGGGGAUCUAAGCGUACCCGAGAUGCCUGACUCAAUUAAUGAUGAUGAAGAUAUGAGCGGAGACCGGGAGCAUGAAAGUAUAGUAGAUAAAAGAAAACGGGAUCGUGAGAAUAUAGAGCGACUGCUUUUAUUCCGGGAACGUGUUGAUCACCAUAAGCUUGGGAGGCAGAAGAGGACCAAGGAGUGGGCUAGAGCUAGGGCGUUCUUUGACAGCAGCGCGAGAGAAGGAGGGGAAGCAGUCGCGUUGGACACGUUGGAUGAGAAUGCGGACGUGGACGUGGAUAUGGAUAUGGAUAUGGAUGGGGAGCAGGAAGAAGACAAUCUUUACGAUGCUGGUGAUUAG